UUCCGCCACCGCCUCCCGCCGUGGCAACAAGCUCAGCCCCGAUUGGGCCAGCUGAGACUCCGCCGCGGCCCACAAGUAACGAGCUCGCCGAUUGGCUGCGGGCAGGGCUCGCGCCGCCAGCGGCCGGAAGUGACGCGCUGUGUCGGCGCGGCGGGGCGGGGCCGGAGCGGCGGGAGCGGGGCCCGGGCCGAGCCCAGCGCCAGGCCCAGGCCUAGGCCUAGUCCCGAUCCCAGGCCCGAGCCCAAUCCCGAGCCCAGGCCCGAGCCCGAGCCCCGCACGGCCCUUCCCGCACGGACACCGCAGGUGAGCGGGGCUGGGGGCGGCGCUGAGGCGGGGCCCGGUGAUGUCGGCGCCGGGCGGGAGCGGGGCUCUCCGGGCUCCCCGGUAUGUCCCGUGUGCGGCACAAAGCAGGGUCUGCGGGUGCGGGUUGUGCGGGGCUGGUGCCGCGCUGGGAUGCAGGUGCCUCUCUGGGAGGGGCGCGCACCUUGGCUGUUCAGGUGAGGCACAAGGAAGAAACCGCGCAGAAUAGAUCAGGCAGUGUCUGCGGAAGAGCGCCUUUCAGCAGGAGACGCCGAGCUGUCCAGCGCCAGGACCAUGGAUUUCCCGGGGCACUUUGAGCAGGUCUUCCAGCAGCUCAACUACCAGCGCCUGCACGGGCAGCUGUGCGACUGCGUCAUCGUGGUGGGCAGCCGGCACUUCAAGGCGCACCGCUCGGUGCUGGCCGCCUGCAGCACGCACUUCCGCGCGCUCUUCACCGUGGCCGAGGGCGACCAGAGCAUGAACAUGAUCCAGCUGGACAGCGAGGUGGUGACGGCCGAGGCCUUCGCCGCGCUCAUCGACAUGAUGUACACCUCCACGCUCAUGCUGGGCGAGAGCAACGUGAUGGACGUGCUGCUGGCCGCCUCGCACCUGCACCUCAACUCCGUGGUCAAGGCCUGCAAGCACUACCUGACGACACGGACGCUGCCGCUGUCGCCGCCCAGCGAGCGCGCGCAGGAGCAGAGCGCGCGGCUGCAGCGCUCCUUCAUGCUGCAGCAGCUGGGGCUCAGCAUCGUCAGCUCGGCGCUGGGCUCGGCGCAGGGCGCCGAGGAGGCCCCCGGCGCCGUGGGCGCGGCGCUGCGCGGCGGGCUGGAGCAGCGCGCCGCCUUCCCCAUGCGCCGCCUGCACAAGCGCAAGCAGUCCUCCGAGGAGCGCGCCCGCCAGCGCAUGCGGCCCGCCCUGGACGAGCCCGUGGCCGACGUGGCCGCCGAGAGCGGGCAGCCCGUGGUGCACUCGCGGGAGGAUUUCUUCUCUCCCGACUCACUGAAGAUGGUGGAUAACCCCAAGGCGGAUGCGGUUGGCGAUAACCAGGAGGACAACACGAUCAUGUUCGACCAGUCCUUUGGUGCUCAGGAGGAUGCUCAGGUGCCCAGCCAGUCAGACAAUGGCGGAGGGAACAUUUCCCAGAUGUCCAUGGCAUCCCAGGCCACGCAGGUGGAAACCAGCUUCGACCAGGAGGCUGCUGCUGAGAAGAGCAACUUCCCCUGUGAAAAUCCAGAGGUCAGCCUGAAUGAGAAGGAGCACAUGAGGGUGGUGGUGAAGUCGGAGCCCCUGAGCUCCCCGGAGCCUCAGGAUGAGGUGAGCGACGUCACCUCCCAGGCGGAGGGCAGCGAGUCCGUGGAGGUGGAAGGAGGAGUGGUGAGUGCAGAGAAGAUAGAGCUGAGUCCCGAGAGCAGCGACCGCAGCUUCUCGGACCCCCAGUCCAGCACUGACCGGGUGGGAGACAUCCACAUCAUGGAGGUGUCCAACAACCUGGAGCACAAGUCUUCCUUCAGCAUUUCAAAUUUUUUGAAUAAAAGCAGGGGAGGAGGCUUUGGCGCCAGCCAGAACAACGAUGACAACAUUCCCAACACCACCAGUGACUGCAGGAUGGACAGCGACGCCCCUUACCUGAUGAGCCCAGAGUCGGGGCCCGCCGGCGGCCACUCCUCUGCUGCCGUCUCGCACGUGGAGAACCCGUUCAGCGAGCCCACGGACUCGCACUUUGUGAGGCCCAUGCAGGAUGUGAUGGGUCUGCCGUGCGUGCAGAGCUCCGGCUACCGAGCGGCGGAGCAGUUCGGCAUGGAUUUCCCCCGCUCGGGCCUGGGCUUGCACUCGCUCUCUCGGGCCAUGAUGGGCUCCGUGAGAGGCGGAGCUGGUGGCUUUCCCGGCUACCGCCGCAUCGCCCCCAAAAUGCCCGUGGUGACCUCGGUGCGGGGCUCGCAGCUGCAGGAGAGCUCUUCGGGCUCACAGCUGAUGAUGAACGGGGGCGCGUCCUUCGAGGGUGGGCACCUGUCGCAGCCGGGCCCGCCGCAGCUGACGCGCGCCUCGGCCGACGUGCUGUCCAAGUGUAAGAAGGCCCUGUCGGAGCACAACGUGCUGGUGGUGGAGGGCGCGCGCAAGUACGCCUGCAAGAUCUGCUGCAAGACCUUCCUGACGCUGACGGACUGCAAGAAGCACAUCCGCGUGCACACGGGGGAGAAGCCCUACGCCUGCCUCAAGUGCGGCAAGCGCUUCAGCCAGUCCAGCCACCUGUACAAACACUCUAAGACCACCUGCCUCAGGUGGCAGAGCAGCAACCUGCCCAGCAGCUUGCUGUGAGGCGGGGACGCUGCGGCGGGCGCACACCGGCGUGCCACGGUGCCGGCACAGGCCGGGCUCUGCCUUUGGGGAUAUCCGGUACCUACCUCGCGGGUGUCGCCGCCGGGAGCCGCGCGGCGGGAUGGGGAUGUGACCCCACGGCGGGGAUGGGGAUGGGACCCCACGGCCAAGAGCCUCUUUGCAGGGCAGAGGGGCGACGGCACGGGGGUCUCCUGAAAUGGCACGGUUCGAGAGCAACAAACUGACGUGCGCAUUUCUUCUUCUUUUUUUUUUUUUCUUCCUUCUCUUCUCUCUAAAGCGUUUUGUAACAGUGAAAGCAUUUAAAUGAUUACUGUAACAUGAGUUGCUGCAUUACGUGAGGAUGGUGGUGCAGACCCCUUACCUUUAAAAAACGGCUUAGGCUGCACCUGUCUGACAUAACGCUUUAAAAUACGCUACUUACGACGAUAGUUCUAGGAUUAUGAAUGUAUGUUUGGCUGUUUUGUAGUAAAGGACACUGUGUAAUCAAGGUGCUUAAAUUAAAUCCCAGACAAGUAACUUUUGGACUGCCAGGUGUACAUAUAACUUUAAUACAGCAAGAUCUGGAUAUUUGGCUGGGUUUUUUUUCCGUAGAAGCGAGUAUUAAGUGGUAAGUGAAGUACUGUCUCUUGUUUGUGCUAUUCCUAGCAGUAUUUUAACCAGUUUGUAUCUCCUAUGUUACGAUUCUAUAUACGCGGAAGUUUGAGCAGAGCUUGUCUUUGUCUGUUGUUUUGAAGGAGAGGGAAUCCGUGAUGGCUUUUUGUGCCACGAUGUAAGGCAGCAGCAUCCUGCUGUUCCCGGAUGCCCACAGUCCAUCUGGUCCCCGUCACGGCGUGAGCACGUUGUCUCUUUCUCUUAUCUCCGGGCUUUAAUUUCCUGCCCCGCGCACUGAGUGACUUCCCUUUGCAGCUGUGGGUCUGUCCUUGGGGCAAAUGGCCCCUUUGCCCUACUGCACAGGGUCACGGAGUGUGCUCAGUGGGAAGGGAGCCCUCAGGAUCACUGUGCCCAGCUCCUGGCCUUGCAGAGGAUACCACAGCAAUCCCGUCUUGUGCCUGACACUCCUUCGCCUCAGGCAGCUUGGGGUUGUCACCCUGUCCCUGGGGAUCUUGUUCAGUGCCAGACCACCCUCCAGGUGAAAAACCUUUCCUGGUGGCCAACCUAAACCUCCCGUGAUUCACCCUCAGCCGCUUUCUCCCUCCUGCCACUGCUCACGAGGGCGAGGAGCUCUGUACCUGCCCUUCUGCUGCUCCUCGGGAGGAGGAUGGAGACCCCGCUGAGGUCUGCCCUCAGUGUCCUCUCCUCCAGGCUGAGCAAACCACUCCUCUGCAGACCCCUCACCCAGCCCACGGCCUCCUUCGGACAGCCUCUGGCAGCUUCGUGUCUUUUGUGUGAUGGUGCUCAAAAGUCACUCGAGGCGAGGCUGCCCCAGAGCAGAGCCGAGCAGGGCAGGCAGUCCCCUCCCUCACCCUGCUGCUGACGCCCCCAGGACGUGGAUGGCCCUCCUGGCUGCCGGGGCACGGCUCACGUUCUGUGAAACAUCCUUAUCAAAUCCACUUAAGGUAGUGUCAUAAAAGUACCUUCCCCCUUACACUUUAAAAAAAAGCUAAUGUGAAUUUAAUUUUUAAAAAAUGGCACCCUACGCACGCAGCAGAAAUUUGUCUUUUUCUACAUGAGUCAUGUAAAUGUCUUUUCAAAAGAUUUUCUCUUCUUUGGUGCCGCCAUCACUUAACGCUGCCUGCAGUCUCCUUUCUUCCUUGUCAGAGGUGCCCACGCACUGUGCUCAGCGUUCUUAACUUUUGAAAUAAACUUUGAGAGCAUGUCUGCUGAUGGUGGAUGCUGCUCAGCCGAGCAGGGGCUGGGGCAGGGCUGCAGCUGUCCCUCUGCUCAGGUGAGACAGAGGAGUCCCUGCCCCUGCCCUGCCAGCGUGUCGACCACCCGAGGAGUGCAGAAACACAGGAGAUGGUUGGGCUAAGUCCUUUAAAAUGGUAAUAUUUUGUUAUAGGAUUUACUUAAUGGUCAUAUUUCUGGCUCUUGGUUUGGUUUUUUUUUAAGUAUUAAAAUAACACUUUUUUGAAGCAGUGGGAUAUGCUGUGUUUUGUUUUAAAUAAUUUCAGUAUCGGGGACUAACAGCACUGAGCUGCAUAAAAACUCUCCCAAACAUCAAUAAAGUGCAGUAUUUUGUACUUUAAUACUUUCUUGUGUUGCUUUAUUAAGUAACACUGUUUCAUCCUCAUUGCAUUUCUGGUGUUUUGCAUUUCACACACGAGGCUUUUUUCUCAUUUUGUGUUUCCUGUGGCACACCCGCAUCUCUGAACUGUUGCCAUGUUUUGGAAUGAAGCAUCUCUUCACGCAGUGAGACUAACUAGGAACUAAGGUGAGCAGAUAAACACUUAACUGGACUCUUGGAGUGUUUUUGUACAGAUUUUAACGUGGAAUUUCAGUUCCCUAUCCUUUCUCUGUGACGUUUGGAGCGUUUUUGGCAGCGGCAGCUUUAAAUUCGUGGUCAGUUGGUGCAAGGCCUGGAGCCUGCAGCUGCCUCGCAGCCUUCUGAGUCUUCCUGAACAAAGCAAUAAAUUCCUGGGGACAGCAUGGAUAAACACCUGGGGCCUGAGCUGCUCCAGUGGCGGGUGUCCCGCCCCACAGCCUGCAGAGCUGAUCUGAACUGUGCUCAGAGCGGAGCUUUGCUCGUGGGAUCUCGCGUGGAGGCGUGGGGGCGUCUGUUCCGAAACAGCUGGAAAUAAACCCUGCGUUUUGUGUGGCUGUGUCUGCCUGGCUUCACUGGUUUGGUGCUCUCCACACCAGCCUGUACAGAAAAAGUUGUGACUGCAGAAGGGAUCACACAAACCUUGAUAGCAGUUUUGUCCCCUGUAGAGUUCUUUGUGUUACUUUUGUUACUGAAGUGAUAUUUGCAGCGCUUGUAGAACUCAUGAUCCGCGGCCACUGCUGCUCUCCGAGUUCCUCGUGGGAGGAUGUCACGGGUGCAGGAGGCGCUUGGGUCAGAGGAGUUCUGGGAUGGACACCUGAGCUCCCUGUGGCAGCUGCUUUACCAGCUCGUGUCUGCUUCUGAGUGCACCUGGGGAGUCUGGCACGCCUGCUCGGACACCCGGCCAGUCCCUGUCAUCACCAGGAACCUCUCAGGUGCUUGGUCACCAUCCUUCAGUGUCACAGCAGCUCCACCAGCAUCUUCCGUCAGGACUCUUGGGGAGCAGCGAGCUCCCCCCUGGCCCCAGGGCCUGGUUUUCACAGCAGAGUCAGUCCUCAUUUCCCCUGGCUCCUCUGGGAGCUCCCCGGCCCGCUGGGAUGCCCACUCCCUUCCUCCCCACCACCACGGCCACCAGCCUUUCCUGCUCAGUCCAGGUCACAAACCUCCAGAACUGUUUCCGACAGGCCAGCACAAGGCAACCAGCCGUGCUUGCGAACCAAAACUUCCUGAUGAACGUGUCAGCAUUCCUCCUGUGAUGCAGGGAGCUCCCACCAGCCGUUACUGCUACCAGAGAGCGCUUCACGGAGCCUCCAGGAGAUCCCAGCAGGGGCUGGCUCCAGGGGCAGCAGGGGACACGGGGCGUGCUGGCUGUGCGCUGGGCUCUGCCUGCCUCCCCACGCCGGGGGUAUCUGCUGCCUGCUGCUCACCCCUCCUGCCUGCUGCGUGCUCCUCGCUCCCUCCCCUCGUGCUGCUGGCCCCAAAAAGCCCUGGCAGCCUG